AUGCUAAAUGCAGAGAUUUUUAUUGCAAACAUAUAAAAAAUCCGAUCUCUUAAAUGGAUUGAGAUUAAUAAAAAGAUGAAAAAUAUACUUUAUCUCUUAGGAACAUGUUAAAAUAAGUUUACAGCCUGUACUGAUAUCCCUGCUUAAAGUGGAUAUGAGAAGGUAAAUCAAACUGUUGCUUAAUUUAGUUAAAUUUAAGAACAACUUGUAAUUUUCAAGAAAAAUUUCAUCUUUAUAGUAUAAACGAUAAGUAAGUAUCUAUUUAUGAGACAUUGACAGAUGAAACAAAUAAACUUACAUAUAUUUCUGUAAUAAUUGUUUCAUAUUGGAUAAAUGUGAAAGUUAUAAUGCAACAUUCCCCCUGCAUUAGAUCCUGCAGAAGGUUCAUAAGAGACAGAAUGUAAAACAGUUAAAUAAUCCGAUGGCUAUGCAUACAUUAUGGAUGCUACAAAAAAUGCAGAGCAUAAGUUUGUACUGAUGAUGAUGCAAGUGCAAAAGAUUUUAUUAAUAAUUUUCUCUAUUAUUCCAAUAAAUGCUUAACUAAGGGUAGUUGUGCAGAUUAUAUGCAAAAAGGUUAUGAUGAUGAAGUUAAAUAUAUAUAUGGUAUGAAGGAGUCUAGAAUGAUACAGGAGAUUUUUGUGCUUGGAAUUCAUCUAAUUUCAAAUGUAGAGAUAGAUCAUGUUAGUGUAAGGCAUUCUACGAAGAUUUUAAUUGUUUAAGUUAUCUUAAUUCUUGUAGAAUGAAUGGAACUAUAUGUGUUUCAUAUGAAGAAUGUACUUCAAACAAUGGAUCAAUUGAUUUUUGCAAUGCCUUAUCUGAUUCAACAGGAAAAGAUAGAUGUAGACCUAUUGUAACUGCUAUUUAUACAUCAAUUAGAACAAGUUAUGAUAAAGUUACAGCCACAACUUAUUCUGAAUGUGAUACUUAUUUAAGUGUAAGUGUCACUCGCGGUGCAGGAUGUAUUCGAAAUUCAGAACCAAGCACAUCAUACAGAGGCACUAAACAAUAAUGUGAAUUAUUAAAAAAAACAUACUGGAUUUGA